CUUACUCUCUCACUGGUCUCUCUCUCUGUCGACCCGUACACACAUGUAUUUGCUAUGCAUCCAUCUUUGCAGUGCUCUUUUUCAUCAUAUGUGCAUCUAUGGACAGACUGGCCUAGACACAGCAAGCCUAAACCGUGAAAUUUACAUCGACCGUUGAACGUUAGCUUGGAUGCUUGGCGCGGUGGAAAACAGCGGCAGGACGAUAUCGUUGGGCGCCAUUGUUGUGUCCCUUCUGCUGGCGCUGUCCAUCAAGCUCUCCAACCUGUCCAUCUCGGCUGACGCCGCACCCUCAGGAACAGAAUCCGAUGCUGCUGACUCACAACAACACAAGACCCUUCUCAAGGGCGACGAUGAGCACGCGCAGCAGCACCAGACAGAGGAGGAGGCUGGCACAGGGCCUGGCACAGGGCCAGUGAGCCGCUCUGGCCGAGCACCGCCCGCCAGAGACGAAGGGAAGCACCGCGGCAACGAUGGGAAUUCCUUGCUGAAGGGACGCAAGCAGGCAGAGAUCACAGGCGUCAGCAAAAACCCGUUCGCCAAUUUUCCGGUGAACUGACUGCUUGCGAUGUGACGAUGGCUUCUUUCUGUCUGUCUGAGUGUUCAGCUGUCCGACCAGACUGUGGGCAUCCGCCUCUUCAGCGUCGCCCCGACAAUCCCCCCGACAGUCUUCGGUAGGCAAGGCCACAGGCAGCUUGUCGAAUGAUGCCUGCCUGCCUGCCGCCUGUUGCUGCGCCGUGAUUCCAUCGUGCAGGAGUUGCGACUUCCAACACCGUCUACAUCCUUGUAAGUCAGACAGGCAAAGACAGGCCGAGGAGCCCGAGGAAUAAUGCUUGUUUUGUGUGAGUUGCGCAGGUGCGUGAUAGUGACGGUGACGUCAAGGCGGUGUCCCAGGGGUCGAACGACCAGUUCAACGACAAGUUCAACAACGUGCCGGCGGAGGGACGAUUCAAGGUCGAGAGAGGGCUUAACAGACAGGUAAAGUUUUGGUCAACCCCUUUGCACUCGAACGGCAUCCUUUUGCCUUGUGUCUUGUGCCCCUGCCCUGCAGUUCGGGCGUGGCGAUUCACAGGUGGUAGAUUUCAACGAUCAGCGUGAGUAUCGUUCCUUCCGCUACGCUGGCCCGGGGUGCACAUCUGCCACAUUUGACCCCUGCUACCUGGGAUGGAGGCAACUUGGAGACAACCAGUUCGUCCUUACCGUGGAGCCAAUCAGCCUCAGCAAUGCGGGCGGCGACCGGCUCCGCAACAAGUCAUGGUGCCCGGGGAGAGAAGGGGUGAUACAACCACCGGUGCCAAGAGCAAUGUGUGGGUGUCUCAGGGCGGUUUUGGGAGGCGCAUUGAUCCCAUCGGAUGCGUACUUCGGUGACGAUGCCACCUGGCGAUGGGUCUCGAUCACAAACAACGUCCCUGGUGAGACGACACGGACGGGCAGGAACCAUAAUGUUCCUAAGUGUUUUGUGUUCCCUCACCGCUCACAGGUGAGUUUGGCACCAUCAGCAUGAUCCUAGUCGAGCCCAAGGAGCAGUUCGCCUGGCUGGGUGCGGUGGAGUGCAACGGAUGCUCAUUCGGGUAACACUGGUGAGCGGGGCCGCUGUCACUUCGUGCCCAGCUGUUUUGUACGGGGCCGGGCGAAGUCAGUUUUUCUGUCUGUAUCGUACCGUCCCCAUUUGUGUACCACCUCACCUGUCUGUCUAUUUGACUGACUUGAGCUGGGCUGGGCUGGGCUGACCAAUCGCACAUUGCCUGCCAUGCGUGUCCUCCUCGUGUUGUGUGUGUGUGUGUGUGUGUGUGUGUGGUUGGUUAUUUGUUCGUAUCGUGAGUGCAGUGAGUGCUCUGCAGUGAGAG